AUAUAGAGAAAAUAAAAUCAAAUAAAAUAAAAAUAGAAUACAAAAUAUGAGAUAAGUAUACAGAUGACGAGAAUUGAAGUAUCACAAGUUGCAUAGCUAAGUUUUACCUCGUCUCUGUAAAGAGAAAGAAAGAGAGGUUCGAGUUCAAGAACAGGAAAGGGAGCGGGUGGAGAAAGGGCGGGGAUAGAGGGAUCAUAAAAGCGGUCAUGCAACGCGGGAAUGGUGACGAAAACUAUAUGCUCACUGUUGCGUCGCUACACGAUUUUUAUACGGUUCUCGAACAAGGUCAUGCGCGCGAGUGGAAUGACCGUGAUUUAAACCCGUGAAUUACAGCGCCCGCGUGCGUGCGUGCGUGCACGCGCACGCGUACGUGUCCGCGCCCGGUUCGACCGGGCGGGCGAGCGAGCGAGCGGCGACAGCGAGGGAAGGAAACCCGUUCGUUGUCUUUUCUUCCGAUCCGACAAAUGCCAGCUGCCCUCCGGUCCGCUUCGGUACGAUUCGCCACGCGGACCUUCUGCGCUACGAACGUGAUCACCUCUGGGCGUCCCACGAGUGACCCUAAGGUGUAAUUCGUCACAAGAUGGCGUCCAAUGAAGACGGCGAUCUGAUUGAUCUUGGAAACGAUGUAUGUGUAUCGCGGGUCACUGUGGAUGAUGCGACGCCCGAAGAACAAGAGCAUCUGUUAGACGUGUGUCCUCCGAAACUGGAGCAGAAACUCUCCCUCACCAGGCAGCAAGAGCGGGUGCUGAACAGCACCGAUAAUGGUGAUAUCCUGGUGACCUUGGGUCACGAUCAAGUGGUACCUAUUCGCAAAAGGAUCGACGUGGUCUCAUCGGACACGAUCAAGCGGGUACGUGAUAUUACUAGGAAUCUAGAACCUGUGAUACACAGGACCUGUUCGGGCAUUAACGAAGAAACUCAGCAGGACACGGUGGAUCACGCGACGAAAUCGAGCUGCGAAAGAACGAGGGAAGCUUCGACGUUGAGGCAUGAGGAUGAAACAUAUGAGACGCGGGAGAUAAACAAUGCUUUUGAUUUCCUCACCGAGCACGACGACAACGAAGACCAAGUGGAGACGAGCUGCUCCGACCGCGCGAGGAACGAGAACAUCGACCCGCAUCGCAUGAUAUCUCCCGUGAGUCUCUUGAUCGGAGGGGAAGAAGACAGGGUCAAUUACCCCUUUGAGUCGUCGUCCAGGAUCUCGAAUGAGGAAGCGAACGGUAGAAGCGACGUGGAGGAGACGAAAGCCGUCACGCCAAGUGAGUACGAUGCUCAGCCGGACGAUUCGGUCUACGAAUCCCCGCCGAAUUCAAACAAGUUUCGCGAGGAUAACUCGCCCAAAGACAGAUCCGUUUCUAUCGAUUCGGAAUCUCGCACGAGAGUCGUUCUCAAGAGACGCGGAGAGGAAAAUGUUGCCUUCAAGCGCGGAAGCAAAAGGCGUUCCUUUCAAGAGCUUCAUCAUAAAUCGUGGACAGAAGGGGCAAACCUAAACCCGGCUUUUACCAAUGGGCUUCCUGGUAUCGAUAGAUCCACCAGUCUCAAGGAAUACCGCUGCGGACCGUCGAUUUCCAAUUGUGGAACGUCCAGCUUUCUCACGAGACAACCGCCGGAAGUAGAAUCAGCGAUGAAACCAAGCGAGGACGUUUGCUCGGAAGGUUCCGAGGUGGAUUGGUCGUGGCUCGAAGAAGUGGAGUACUUGCGGGCCGCGGAGUCGCUCGCGACCGCCGGUGAACGUGAACGUGGUGAACAGGGUGGGAGGGUGAGCGCCGUCCCCACCAACGGGAGUGCGGGGCGCAGGCGCGCCUCCGAGCAUCGCGGAACGGCGAUGGGCCGCAGUGUCGCGAUGUCCGUCACCGCGACGGCAAAGUCCCUAGCAGGUGGUGGCUCGCGGUGGCCACCCUCCAGUGGCGCGCUUCUCCUCGAUCGUCAAAACAACAAUAGCAACAAUCGUCGUAAUAGUGGAAGGCACCGUCAGUAUCGUAACGGUAAUAAUAACAAUAACGACGACGACGAUGACGAAGCCGCGGCCGCUCGCUGUAACGCUACGAACGAGGCGGUCGAUCGCGAAAAUCGCGACGGGCUAGUCAAUCAAUUCGAUUCGUUGUAA